CUUAUUUCUCUAUUCCUAGCCCCCUACACACUCCACAACUCCCACCAAAAGAAUAAAGGGGAAUAAGAAGAUCCCAAACAUUCAAAGGAAAACCCACCAAAAACCACCAAGACAAAGCCCUCUUCACAGCUACAAAAUUCAUCAAAAAAGAAAGACAUGUGUUUCAUCUAGUAGUGAAAUCUAUUGUAAACAAAUAAGGGAAUUCAGUCAUUAAGCGAUACGUAAAAAAUGGUGGAAGGGGGACCGGUGAAAGCGGAUAAAACAGAGUUCACAGAAUGCUGGAAAAUCUCGUCGAAAAAUCCUUACAUCAUGAAGCUGGCCUUCGCUGCCGGCAUUGGAGGGCUUCUGUUCGGCUAUGACACUGGAGUUAUCUCGGGAGCGUUGCUAUACAUCAAGGAAGAUUUCGAGGAGGUGGACAAGAGCACGUUCCUCCAGGAGCUCAUCGUCAGCACAUGUGUCGCCGGAGCUAUCAUCGGCGCGGCACUCGGAGGCUACGCCAACGAUCGGAUCGGACGGAGGAAGACGAUCAUGGUAGCCGACGUCCUAUUCUUCUUGGGAUCCAUCAUCAUGGCCAUCGCCCCUGUUCCGGCCGUCAUCAUCAUCGGUCGGGUCCUCGUUGGCCUCGGCGUCGGAAUGGCCUCUAUGACCGCUCCCCUCUACAUAUCGGAGGCCUCUCCAGCGAAGAUCCGCGGCGCCAUGGUCAGCACCAACGGUUUGCUCAUCACCGGCGGGCAGUUCUUGUCGUAUCUCAUCAAUCUUGCAUUCACCAAAGCUCCUGGAACAUGGAGGUGGAUGCUUGGAGUGGCAGGGCUCCCUGCCCUGAUCCAGUUCAUGCUAAUGUGGUCGCUUCCCGAAUCGCCCCGAUGGCUUUACAGAGAGAACCACGUCCACGAAGCGAAGGAGAUCCUGGAAAAACUCUACCCUGAAGAAGAAGUGGAGAGAGAGAUUCAAGCGCUCAGAGAAUCCGUGGAAUCGGAGAGGGAAAUGGAGGAAUCGAUCGGGAAAGACAUGUACUCCAAGCUAAAAGGAGCAUUCACCGACAAGGUGGUCCGACGAGGGCUCUACGCCGGAAUUACAGUCCAAGUGGCGCAACAAUUCGUGGGGAUCAACACAGUGAUGUACUACUCCCCAACCAUAGUCCAAUUCGCAGGGUUCGCCUCGAAAUCGGUUGCUCUGGCGCUCUCCCUGAUCACUUCAGGGCUCAACGCCGUCGGCUCGAUCAUCAGCAUGAUGGUGGUGGACAAGUAUGGGCGCCGCCGGCUGAUGAUCAUCUCCAUGAUCGGGAUCAUCUCUUGCCUGAUAGUUCUGGCCAUCGUUUUCCGGCAGGCUUCGUUGGGUGCUCCGGGGAUCGAUUUCGUGGAUACCAAGCAUUUUGGGAGCAAUGUGACUUGCCCUAGUUACUUGGAGAAUUUCCAUAAGCCUAAGUGGGGAUGCACGCAGUGCUUGAAGGCUGAGUGCGCCUUUUGUGCCAACGCUGCUGACAAGAUCAAACCGGGAGCCUGCCUGAUUGACGACAAGGCGAUGAGGGACGAAUGCAAGGCCGAGCAUCGGGUGCUCUACGAGGAAGGUUGUCCGAGUAAGAUCGGGUUCUUGGCCGUCCUCCUCUUGGGCCUCUACAUCAUCUCAUAUUCCCCUGGAAUGGGCACAGCGCCAUGGAUCGUCAACUCCGAGAUCUACCCGCUUCGGUACAGAGGCGUCGGAGGUGGAAUUGCCGCCGUCGCCAAUUGGACGUCCAACUUGCUCGUCAGCCUAACGUUCUUGACCAUGACGCAGACCCUGACGGUGGCCGGAGCUUUCCUGAUGUUCGCCGCCAUCUCGUUUAUCAUGCUGGUGGCGAUCUUCUUCUUUGUACCGGAGACGAAAGGGCUGCAGUUCGAGGAAGUGGAGAAGCUCUUGAGAGAUGGGUUCAAGCCAGGGUUCAUCAAGGCAAAAGCAGGGGAUCAGGGGAAGGGGAAAGCUCCAGCUUAGUUUGAUGAAAAUUUGGCUCUUUUCCUUUUUAAGAAUUUUCUUCAUUUGUUUCAGAAUAAGUUUGAGGAGUUGUAUGAGACACUUGUUUAGAAAAACAGGAAAAUAGGGUAAAUUUUCAUUUCUUAAGAAUAAAAAGUUUGAUUUAGUCAUAAAUUGUAUUGUUUUUUUUAUUCCAUAUUGGAAUUAUACAGUUUUAUAGAAGGGUAAGUUACGGAUUUGAAGAUGGUUGUUUAGUGAUCAAAAUGUUUGGAUUUGCUUAGCCAGAUAGAAAAUGAAUAUGAAAGGUAUCUAUGUUUGCCCUGAAUUGUUUGAUGACAUAUACAAAAUAAGUUCAGAAAUAGGGGAGGAGGAAUCAAACUGACAUUGUCAUUCUUAAUCAAGGGUCUAUCUUAGGUUCUUCUUCAUUCACUUAAGAAGAAUGUAUAGUAAACAACCAAUAUAGAUAGCUUGGACAACAUCUUUCGUCUGUUUUAAAUUCUUUUUAUACAUAAUGAUACCUCUUAUUAUUGAGAGUAUAUCGAAUGUUUUUCUUGCUCUAUCUAUUUCGGUGAUCUCAUUCAUAUCUAAAGAAAUUCUUAAGCCCCUUGGUCAAAAUGUGUGUAUGUCUGAUAAGAAUCUUGCUAGUUAGGGUCCUUAUAAUAGUCAUUAACAUCAAAACAUAUAUGUAAAAAAAAAAAAAAACAUCAAAACAUUCUACUGUGUUGGAUCACUCAAAUCUUAAAACAAACAGAGCUUAACAUACAUAUGUUCUACUCUAGUUUUGUCUGAACAAUGAAGACCAUAAGGCUAAAGGAUAUCUGAUUGUUAGCUGUAAGUUAAGAAGAAUCUUAUCCUAAUCCUCAUCGAAAUGAUCCCAUAAGUUUGGUUUAAUUGGUUUCCCACAGCUCCACCAAAGAAAGCAAAAUUAUAUAUGAAGUAAAAAAAAAAAAAUAGUCUUAGUUUGUUCCGCUUAGAGUUAUCUGUCUUUAGCGACUUGAUUGAUCAUAUUAAUUGGUCUUAACGAGGAAAUAACAAGUCAAGUCUUACUUAUUUGAUCUCAAUGUUGGUUUGGUAUUGGAUAACUUCUUUUUAGUGAUUUUUUUGAAUAGGUUUUUAAUGAUUUUGUAUGAUAUUUAUAUAAGAUAAAAAUUGAUUUUGUUACAUCUAUAUUGAUUUUUUUUUUCUCUGUUGCGAAACAUGUAUAAAUAAAUCUUAUAAUUGUGGCAAUUCUUUGUUUUUAUAAUUGCUCGAUUGAUGAGGAUAUAUUUUCCUUAUAUAAUUACAAGGGUGUAGGAUUUGCCAAAAGAAGGAAAGAAAGAGGGAUCAAUCAUCAAAGACAAUCCUCUCUUACGAAUUGAGUUUCCCCUAAUUCAACUUCUAAUCCUGAUUUGGAAAGAAAUUAAUUGUAGUUUCCUUUGGUAAAAGUGGCUAAAUUCAUUAAAAUUAAUUAUUUUUUUUAUCCGUAUCAAACUUAAUAUGGCGUGUGGAUUUGUGGUAAAGAUCUAGCGAAACAUAAUCAAAGCAUGCUUGAACCAUAAUUCUAGUUUUUUCAUUAAACCUUAGAUUAAUUGCUUGAUUAGGGAACAUGAUCCUAUAUUUGGUUUCAAAAUUUUGUAGAUAAUAAUAAUUACGUGUAUAACAUAAUCCUAAAAAAUUAUUCCAGUCCUUAAAUGGGUAAAAGAAGAUGAGUUAGGUACUCUAAAACUUUUGCAUGUUUUGGUUGAUUAUCCGCUCAUUCACUUCUAGACCGAACUUAGGUUUUAAGUUUUUUUUUAUCCAUCCUUCAACUUGUAAGAUAGGACCGAUCGAUCAAUUAUUUCAGUUUGAGUAUUGAGUUCUACAUAUAGUAAUUUCGAAAUACUAUUCAAGUACUAAAAUAUACAAUUAAGCUAACCUAUUGAAAAUUUGUCCCUUGUAAAUCAAAAUUAAUUGAUCGG